CUUUGAAACCAAACGCAGUUCUAAUCAUUUCCAAAAUGAAGUCCUUCUCGUGUGUGCUGUUGCUGGCAGCCCUUGUGGCCAUGGUUGCAUCGGCUCCAGUGCAGGAGGGUGAAAGCCGUGUCGCACGGCAGGUGUCCGGCUCUGCGGCCAACGCCGGUGCGCAGUCCUUCAACCAAGGAUUCGGAUUCCCGGGACACGGCGGACACGGUGGACACGGUGGAUUCACCGGAUCGGCCGCUUCGGCAGGUAGCCAGUCGUUCAGUCAGGGUGCAGGCCAUGGCUUCGGUGGAUUCACCGGUUCGGCCUCCUCCGCCGGUGCUCAGUCGUUCUCGCAGGGUGCUGGUGGCUUCCCGGGCUUCGGUGGCGCAACUGGAUCGGCCGCCGGCGCCGGCAGCCAGUCGUUCGGAGGAUAA